AUUGAAUUCUAGUUCCUAAAUAGGGAAUUCAUCAUCUAGAUAAAUAAUUACUAAAGUAAAUUUAGGAGUUUAUUGAAAUUUUGAUGCAGUUACCAUCCAUUCUUAAGUUGAAAAGGGAGAUAUGGAAUACUUUCUAAUGAAUUGAAAUGUAAUAUAUCGAUAGUGAAAUUUUAUUAUUAACUUUCAUAAGGAUUCAAAUUUAGUUGCCGUGACUUAAAUUGUAUAAUUUGAAUUUGGGCUUAGAGGGUAUUUUUAAAAAAUGGUAUAGAUCAUUUAACAGGAAUCAGAUUCAUACGAAGUAUUUAAUUUUUAUGAAGAUGAUUAUCUAGGAUUUAAAUCAAUAUCAUAAAUCUCCACCUAGUAUUUAGGUGUUACUGUUGAAUUUAAUUCUUCCAAACUACCGACAGAAACACCAAUUUUUGCAGUUUCAUAAAUAAAAUACGAAGGUCUGGCCUUUAUAUUAAUUUGUGGUAGUUUUCCUGAAUGAGUUUUUAUAGUAAAUUCAGAGUAAGAAUAAGUAAGGAUAAAAUUUAAAUAUUCUCUCUUAAAUUUCACUGUUGUAUUAAUAGGUAAUGUAUACUUUGGUAUGAAAAAAUUUGUUUCUUAUAGAAAGUUAAUUAAGUUUA